CGAGCACGGGGGAUGCGCCGCACUGCGCAUGAGCGGGAGGCGGCGGAAGGGCCCGUGAGGCGCCGGAGCCGCCGCCGCCGGAGGAAGACGUUGACCGCCGCCGCCCUCAGCGUCCGCCCGAACGGCGAGGGGAGCAGGCCCGCGCAGCCCUCACCAUGAACAAGUUGAAAUCAUCGCAGAAGGAUAAAGUGCGUCAGUUCAUGGUCUUCACGCAAUCUAGUGAAAAGACAGCGGUGAGUUGUCUGUCUCAGAAUGACUGGAAGCUGGAUGUUGCAACAGACAACUUCUUCCAAAAUCCUGAACUUUAUAUACGAGAGAGCGUUAAAGGAUCGCUGGACAGAAAGAAGUUAGAACAACUAUAUAACAGAUACAAAGAUCCUCAAGAUGAAAAUAAAAUUGGUAUAGAUGGUAUACAGCAGUUUUGUGAUGAUCUAGCUCUGGACCCAGCCAGCAUUACCGUACUCAUCAUUGCAUGGAAAUUCCGAGCUGCAACACAGUGUGAAUUUUCAAAGCUGGAAUUCAUGGAUGGGAUGACUGAGCUUGGAUGUGACAGCAUAGAAAAACUAAAGGCUCAGAUUCCGAAAAUGGAACAAGAGUUAAAAGAGCCAGGAAGAUUUAAGGAUUUUUAUCAGUUUACUUUCAACUUUGCAAAGAAUCCGGGACAGAAAGGUUUAGAUUUAGAAAUGGCCAUUGCCUACUGGAAUUUAGUACUUAAUGGAAGAUUUAAAUUUCUAGACUUGUGGAACAAAUUUUUGUUGGAGCAUCAUAAAAGAUCAAUACCUAAGGAUACCUGGAACCUUCUUCUAGACUUUAGUACAAUGAUAGCAGAUGAUAUGUCAAACUAUGAUGAGGAAGGGGCAUGGCCAGUUCUUAUUGAUGACUUUGUGGAAUUUGCACGCCCUCAAAUUGCUGGGACAAAAAGUACAACAGUGUAGCACUAAAGGACCCUUAUAGAGUGUACAUAGUCUGUACAAAUACCUGAAAUGGAAAAUUGCACAGUCAAUUUCUGCUGGCUGGACUGAACUGAAGAUCAAUCCUCACGGUGUGGCUGAGGGUUGAGACAAACCUUUAAGGAUACAUCAUGGACCAUAUCAUAUUUCAUCCUUCUACUGGUGGUUUGGGCUUUUCUUCUAGUCUGGACCACUCCUGCCCGUUAAAAUUCCAACAUUGUGGAUUUCAUCAUGGAUGAUUUUUUUUUUCUUUUUUGUGGACUGCCCUAGUUUCAGCUCCCAUAAGUCCGAGAAGCUUUAUAAUUAUUUUGAGGUUUCUGGUUUCACAUAAAGCACAAUGCUGGUCAUCAUCAGACAACUGUUGUACGGCAUCUGAAUUAGACAGCUCAACAUCAGGACAGUUUUUAAAAGAAUCCUUAAAUAUUCACUUGGGGCUAGUUGCAAAGACAGUCUUGACAGCACUUCCUUUAAGAGUGACAUAUUUAAGCGUACUGGGUCCGAGUUUGCUUUUUUUUAAUUAAAUUUUUUUUUUCCCUUUUCUGGAAAACUGCAGGUAUCGUCUGUGUGAGUUUGAGCGUCCGGUAAAAACAGUUACAGAAAGAACCGGGAGAACUUCAGGUGGUUGAUACUGGGGUGUCUAGGUGCCUGUCUGCAUGGCUUGAUUGUACAUCAACUGACCCUGAGAACAGUUGAAGUACCACACAACUCCUGUGCGCUUACAGCAGCCGCGGUGCGUGUUCCAGUCGGCCUCCGGUGAGAGGAGCCGCGUGCAGAAGGGUAGAUUCUAAUAUUCUCUGGGUUGUUGUCUAAGGAAAUAGAUUUCGUUGCAGUUUUGAAAUGCUUCUGGCACGGGAAAGCUUUCUCAUUUGUGUGGAAAUGUAAAACUUGAAUAUGCUGAAUUUGUGUCUUACCGUUUGCUGCACAACACGGUGUUUUAAAUUCAGGCAUGGAACUUUUAUGCUUGAGGUGUGAAGAAGCAAAUGGCCCCGCUCUAAGGAGGAGAUGGCGUGUUUGAUAUGAAACCUGGUUUUGAAACCGUUACUCUGAGAAGUAAGUUAAAUCUUCAUGACAUUUAGGUACUGCCGCUGUGGAUGACGCCGAUCUUUAAUUAUUUUGUUGAGUUUUCCUUAAAAGGACAUUUCGCUGUGGUUGCCAAAUACAGAAAAGAAGCGUAAAGCAUUUCCAGACAGACGCAGAUCAGAUACAAACUACUACACUGGCUUUGUUUCCUUAAGUUAUUUUGUUGGUUCAUCACUACUUCUUGUUGUCUUACUGCAUUUAACUAAACCAAGUUCAUUUUGUUCAGGACGGGCUUGUAUCAGAUGCGAUCCUUUAUUUUUAAUAUUACAAGAGCUCUUGAGCUGCUGUUGUGUUAAACAUGGUCUUUUACUUCCUCCUUGUUACUUGGGAAGAGAUGUUCUCUUGAGAUCAGUUCUCCUCUGUAAAAACAAGCUGCUCUGGGAAAGCAGGGAGCCUAUAGUUACCAUGAAGGUUAGAGGUGUGAGUCCAUGUGCUAGCAGUCCCACGGUAAGGCCAGAAUGAGUUCUGAAAUAGUAACCGGUACUUGCACUGAGCAGCAGAACGCUUCUAUGCAGAUGCUAAAAGGAUUUUAGGGGAGAAAAAAAAAAAGACUAUUAAAUUGCUAAAAACGUUGGUUUCUAUUCUCUGAGGUUUGACCGCGAGGCUAGCUCCCCUUCUAGCAGUGCCCUUGGACGAAAACCCAUCUGUGCAUUUAUUUCAAGAAUACGGUUCCACAGAAACACUGCAGAGCUUCUCCAGCUACUGGAAUUGGCUAUGCCAAAACCCGUGUGUUUUGCUGCUUUCAGUAUUUCCUUUUUAAGUUUUGUGUAAAUAGAAAUGGGGACUUGAAAUGAGGGGUGGGCGUGUGUGCGGAAAAAGCUCGCCGAGCUAUCGGUGCGUGCUGUUCUCUGUCUUGAGGGUUCUGGUCCGGCUUCAGAUGGAUUUGUUCACGUUCGCUGUGUUUGGGAUGAGAGCCGACUCGGUUCUUUCGGCCCAGGACAGACUUGUCCCUCAAAAGAAGUCUGAGGUUGGGUAGUGGCAUAAGGCCGUGGUGUUUUAAAGAAUAUUCCUUUUGAAUGCGAGAUCUUUUCAACGAAAUAGUGUUGUCAUCAGUUUGGUACUACGUGCUUAUAAUUACUGUGUAAUUAUAAAGAAAUACAUAAAACUUGGAUUAUGUUGCAGAAAAAGGUUAUUGGUGCUAUGAUGGCAUCUUAAAAGUUUUUGAAAACUGAACUGAAAGAAGCAUUGAUUGAACAGGGUGUUGUUCUAAGGACAAACUGCCUGGUGAGAGAAUAUUUUGUACUGCAAAGUGCUCAGAUAUGGCCAUGGGGUUUUUUUUUCCUUUGUAUCUUAUUUGGUUUGGUUUGUUUUUUUUUAAGAAUGCAGACAGUUGCUUACUUGGAUUGCUUUAAUUGGUAAGUGCUCAUGUCCUCAAUCUGAUACCCGCCCCUUAGUGGAUCAAUUUAACUUUGCCAAACGUGAAGAAAAAAGGUAAACACCAAGUUUAUAAUCUGUUUUUAUACAUUAAAUAUGUACAAAAUUAGAAGUGCCCUGAUAUAAAACACUUAAUGUCAAGGUUAUAUUUAGUAAAAAAAAAAAACAAAAAAACACAUCAUUUACAUAUCUCUGUAAGUUCAAAUGUAACUUCUUCCAAUCCCUCGCAUUACCAACAGAGGCAAUAAAGCUCCAAUGAAAUUGCCAUGACUAAGUCUUCUCAUGCAUUGUUUCAGUGUAUUAUUGGUAAGGCAUUUCUAGACUGUUCUUUAACAACAGACAAGUGUGGAAUACUCGUCCCUUGCAUAAAACACACACUCGCGGGCGGGCGAGUCUUCCUGGGGAGAACGUAUCUAUGAACUGAUGCAAUGUGUUGCCUACUGCUUAUGCUGAAUGUUUACAGGUACCGAGUGGAGCUGAUCUUAGCUGCUAUGCUGCAUUAACAUUACCUAGCAUGCAGUGGAAGACACCACACACAGUGCAUUUGUUUAAGUAAGUUAAGUUGGGUUAAAGACUACAGUACCAUAAGGUGACUUUUUUUUAUUGAACAACCUGUUAAUGCGUAACUUAUGAAUUGCUUCAGAACUGUUUUACACUGAACUCCUUGCAGAGAUCUCCUUAUUUAAGAAAAAUAUAAUUUUUUAAGAAUGCAUUUAAUAAACUUUUGUCAUUCACACUUGAUUUAAAUAA